CAAACAGAACCGGUCCGCAGGUUCGUAACAAACUGAGGGACGUUUCCGGACACUUCAAGACCUUGCUUCCUCUCCUAGGACGCCCACCUGGAUCUUGCUCGGACGCAAACUGAAAGGUCAGCGUCGUUCCUACCCGCACUAGCAUAGGAGUGUUUGUGUUCAUUCUAAUCAGCCAGUCGAACUGGGACUUCUGUGUUGGCCAAGUCCGGUGGAAACUGCGCUUCUGGCACCAGCCAUCAGGGCCGGCUUUCUGGACACGCUCUUUCGUUUGCCGAUUUACUAAUAUUCAGCCGCUUGUGCUCGUUUCAUGACGUGGCUACGUUCAGGUGUAAACAUCACUGCGCAACUACAGUGCGCAACUACAGUGCACAACUACACUGCGGCUGCGUUACAGACGACUCCACACCAACGGUCUUGCCACCAACGAGCCAGGCGUUGGUGGACAGAUGCAGCGAGACUUCGAAAAAAAACGCUAAGAAAGCGCAACGCGAUUUGCCGGCAACUUCUCUGGCGUUUUUCCUUGCACACUUGCCCCAUGAGAAAUAACUGGUCCUCUGUAGUCACUUCUCAUCUGCAGCUACAUUCUUGAAGCCUCCUUCGUCACUGCUGCCGAGGGCCUCCUCUCGCGUGUCUGACUGGCUCCCGCAGCCCAAGAGUCGGAUACCGUGGAUGGCCUUCCGACCGUGAUCUGCCGUUGAUACACACUUGUUGGUGGGAGUAUUGUAACCGCCUUUAUCGUGUCUUCGAAGCAGUGAAUGACUCAUUCUUUUUGAGUAACCCAUCCGCCUCCAACACCGAGUCAGGGUGCCCCCGCUGUGUUGGGUGUCGCAGUCCCCCCGUCAGCCCCAUCAUCGAGAGUUUGCCAUGACGGCGCUCUGCGAAAACAUCCC